UGAUAUCUUUUGUCUCUUUGUCCCCUUAACCUUUUUAGUAAACUGUAACGCCUCUCACUUGAACAACUCAAAUUAACACAACCACUCUCUCUCCGUCCAUCACAAUGACAACUAAUCUCCACUUUCCGAUAACACUGAAACUCAUUCUCUCUACCUUAGCAUCUCUCCUCGUGAUCACUCUCUUCUUCAUCACCAGAACCGAUUUCUCACCGUCUUCAUAUCAGUCAGCGCCGGCCAAAACUAUCCAGAUCUCCAGCUCCUCCACCAGAACUAAAGAACAGAGCCCAGACUCCGUGAGUUGCGGUAAGAUCCCUCCUUCGCUCGCCGAUGCUCUCAUCCACUACGCCGCCUCCAAUGUCACUCCCCAGCAAACACUCUCUGAAAUCUCCGUCACCAAGAAGGUCCUAGACAAGACAUCGCCGUGCAACUUUCUUGUGUUUGGUCUUGGCCACGACAGCUUGAUGUGGGCGUCACUAAACCACGGAGGAAGAACUAUCUUCUUAGACGAGGACGAGUCAUGGAUACGCCAGAUCGCCGAGAAGUUCCCUUCUCUGGAAUCGUACCACGUACGGUACGAGACCAAGUUAAGAGACGCGGCGGCUCUGAUGUCGGCGGCUAGAGAUAGAGAAGAGUGCCGUCUCGGUGCGUCGAUGGAUCUUAGAGUUUCCAAGUGCGAGCUCGCGCUGAAGGGCUUACCGGAGGUGGUUUACGAGACGGAGUGGAAUUUAAUCAUGGUGGAUGCUCCUACGGGGUUUCACGAAGAAGCUCCGGGGAGGAUGUCAGCGAUUUACACGGCGGGGAUGAUCGCGAGGAGCCGGGGGAAAGGAGAGACGACGGCUGUUUUUGUGCAUGAUGUGGAUAGGACUGUGGAGGAUGAGUUCUCUAUGGCGUUUUUGUGCAGAGAUUACAUGACGGAGCAAGAGGGACGACUCCGUCAUUUUACGGUGCCUAGUCACUGGGACUCUAACAUCGCCGGCGGUAAAUACUGUCCCUAAUCCGCCGAUGAUAAAAUGAUUUCUUAAUAUAUAUUUUGGCUGUGAGACUAUCUAAAUGAUAUUUUAAUUCAACAUUUUACCGUUUAAUCAAUUUUCUUCCAUCUAA